UUAGUAUAAAUCCUUUUGAGCAGGGGUCCCCCCAACCCCUGGGCAGAGGACCAGUACUGUUCAGCGGCCUGUUAGGAACCAGGCCGCACAGCAGGUGAGCAGGGAGCAAGCAAGCAAAGCUUCAUUUGCUGCUCCCCAUCGCUUGCAUGACUUUCUGAACUAUCCCCGCCCCCCUCGAAAGACUGUCUUCUGCAAAACCAGUCCUGGUGCCAAAAAGGUUGGGGACAGCUGCUUUUGAGUAAAAAACACUAUUGGAUAAAUUGGACUUUUCAUGCUUUUGAAGUAGCUUUGCUAAACUGCUUCCCAGAAAUGUUACGUUGUAGUGAGUAGAAAGAUGGAAAUAGAGUCAAGGGAGUUGAAAGAGCUGCAAGUCUAAAGUGGCAAAAUAGGAAAGGCAGAGGUUAAAUACAUGGCUGAAGGCAUAGUGACUGAGGACCAGGUGAGGUAAGGGAUUUUCAGGCAAGACGGUAUUUUUGCACAUCGGAACCUUGCUUAGGCUGAUAUCCCUCCCAAACCCUCUAGUGUCCUAUUUUUCUCACCCAAAUUACUGUUCUACAUGUUGCUACAAAAUACAGUAGGUAUAUUUGAAGACCUUGAAAGGGAUGUUGUGUUGCUAAGCUUUGCGUUAGGACUUCGCAGUUGCCUACAGUGAGCAUACAAUAAAUUGGAAGUUGAAGCCUUUUCUGUGAUCUUGCGGUGGUACUCCAGGGCACAAAAGGGAAGGAAAUCAGUCCGUCCAAAUGUUUACAAGCUAAAGAAGGGGUUUCUAGAAUGGCAGGGUCUCUCGACCCCAACGCCGAGAAAAUUGACUUCUCUUAAUUACCUGGCCCGGCAACACUGGAGCUUCGGCCCCAGGACUAAUUUCUAGGUGGGGCCGCGUAGAGGAGCAGUGCGCACGCGUGCGCAGGGCACGGCCGCCGACGUGAUGCGCGCGGCGCGCGUGCGCAGAGGACCCGCACGGUGGCGCGUCUCCUCGUGGGGCUUCGGGGGUCGUGCUCUCGGCAUGGGCACCUCGCCGUCGCCGCUGCUGACUCUGCUGUCCCUCCUCUCCGGCCCGUGGCUCGAACUAGGGAAUGGGCAGAUGACCAACAUGGUCCAGCUACCAGGUGGGAGAUUCCAGAUGGGAACGAAUUCACCAGAUGGCAGAGAUGGUGAAGGACCUGUCCGGGAGGUGACGGUAAAACCCUUUGCCAUCGACAUAUUUCCUGUCACCAACAAAGACUUCAGGGAGUUUGUCAGGGAGAAAAAGUACCAGACAGAGGCUGAGGUGUUUGGGUGGAGCUUUGUCUUCGAGGACCUUGUCUCUGAUGAGCUUAGAAACAAAGCAACCCAGAAAAUGCAGUCUCUCCUCUGGUGGCUUCCAGUGGAAAGGGCAUUCUGGAGGCAGGCUCUCUCUUCCCACUUCCUUGCUCCAUCUGUGGUAAAAGCUGAACUCAGGCACCCUAAGCCUAGCCUUCCUCAGACUUCCACGAGCUCCCAGAAGCUUGUCUCACUUCAUCCUGGCUAUCAGCCUGCAGGUCCCGGCUCUGGCAUCCGAGAGAAACUGGAGCUCCCAGUGGUACACGUGAGCUGGAAUGAUGCCCGUGCCUACUGUGCUUGGCGGGGGAAACGGCUGCCCAUUGAAGAAGAGUGGGAGUUUGCUGCCCGAGGGGGCUUGAAGGGUCAGGUUUACCCCUGGGGAAACGAGUUCCAGCCAAACCGCACCAACCUGUGGCAGGGAAAGUUCCCCAAGGGCGACAAGGCUGAGGAUGGCUUCCACGGAGUCUCCCCGGUGAACGCUUUCCCCCCACAGAACAACUACGGGCUCUUUGACCUCGUGGGCAACGUGUGGGAGUGGACAGCGUCACCAUACCAGCCUGCCGACCAGGACAUGCGUGUCCUCCGGGGGGCGUCCUGGAUCGACACGGCCGAUGGCUCUGCCAAUCACCGGGCCCGGGUCACCACCAGAAUGGGCAAUACUCCAGAUUCAGCCUCAGACAACCUAGGCUUCCGCUGUGCUUCCAGUGCAGGCCGACCACCUGGGGAGCUGUGAGCAGCCACACAGAGAUGAGGAGAGUCCCCCGUGGCACCCGUGGCACUCCCUGGCCACAUGCCAAACACAGCCAAACUCGGGACUGCGUCCAUCCCCUCCCCCCUCCCUGUGGCAGACACCUCUCCCCCGGGC